AUGACCAAGGCAGGCGAAUUGAGUCUGCGUUUCACAAUACUUGAUGCGGACGGCAAUCUGACGACGGAACAAGGGACUGUACCAAAGUCGGAUCUGUGCAAACAGCACGACCUGGAUCCCCGGGAUCUACGGAAACUAGAUUCACUCCAACCCAACCUAGUCCCUACCAUCCUCUCCCGUCGAUCCGCCAUCAUCGUCAACAUGCUCCACGUCAGAGCGCUUAUCAAGGCGGACAUGGUCAUCCUCUUCGAACCCGCUGGCAUGCGGUCGAACAAGCUCAGGGACAGGUUGCUCUGGCACAUGCAGGCCAAUAUCAAAGCCAGACGAUUGGGUGAACAGGGCAAGCAAGGGGUGGAUGUCGGGGAGGGGUUCGAAGGGGGUUUAGAAGGGGAUGGGAGGGAGAGCAUGUUACAGGAUGGAAAGCGCUUGAGCUACGAGCAUCGUGUUCUAGAAAGUAUCCUAGUGUCAGUCGCAGUAGCGUUAGAGGAAGAGAUGAAGUACACUCGCGAGGUCGUCAACGACCUCCUAGCAGAUUUCGAAAGCGAUAUCAGCCGCGACAACCUGCGGCGACUCUUACACUACUCCCGUCGGAUAGCCGGGUUCCAGAGCCGGGCCAAAUAUGUGCUUGGUUCAAUAGAGGAGGUUUUGGAAUCAGACGAGGACUUGUCGGCCAUGUACCUGUCGGCCAAAAUGGCUCAUCAGCCGAGAGGACUUACCGACCAUGAAGAGCUAGAGCUGUUGCUGGAAUCGUUCUCCAAACAAGUGGAAGAGAUUGUCAGCGAGUUGGAUACCUUGACGACAAACAUGUCGACUACUCAGGAGGUGGCAGAGUUGAUCCUGGAUUCGAACCGUAACGCCUUGAUCGCGAUGGACCUCAGGGUGUCUAUAGCGACCUUGGGGAUCGGUGUUGGCGCUCUGGCCUCGGGUGUCUUUGGCAUGAACUUGACAUCACACAUCGAAUCACAUCCACUGGCAUUCUACUUUGUCACGGGGACAGCGGUGGUCGCAGCGCUAGCUACAACCGCUCUAGGAUUACGUCGGCUCAGACUGCUUCAAAGGGUCGGCAUCAGCGCUCAACGCAAGACACCGGCAGAGCGUCUAGGAGGUCGGAUAUGGUCACGAGCCAGAUCUCAGCAGCGGGAGAACACACCCUCAGAACCCGUUUACAUCAACAAGGACGCCGACUCUGCUCGAGCCCGUGACGCCUGGCGAGCGCAACAGGCAAGAGCAGCGACAAAGAUAGCCGAGGACAAGAAACUCAUCGCUUCGAGGUUCGGGAAAGGAUCACCAGUGACCUUGUCUCUCGGUAGGCGUUGA